AUGACGACGGUUCCUCAAGCCGAACAUGACGAGGACGAGCCUUUCCUCGCCGAGUCGCCAUACACUGGCAAAGGACGAAAAGACCCAAGGCUUGAAUCAGUGAAAAGGUUUCUCGGUCCUUUCCUCUUUGGCGUGAUUGCCUCAUCUAUCCUGUGGGCGGCGCCACUGGUCAUCCACCGGACAUCAACGGCCAUAAAUGCUGUUGCGCCAGCUGUUCCUGUUAUUACAAGCUGUGGCGUGAGCCCCGACGAAGCCAGGGCCAAGGGCUGCCAUUUCCAGCUCUGGUCAUACAGCUGGGUGCCGCACAAUUGCUUCGACGCCGACUUACACAACGACUUCCUCAAGCUACAUGUCGAGGAGGGCUGGAAAUACUAUCGCAACAACAAUAGCGAUGCAACAGCAGCAGCGAAAAGUUCGACGACUCUUGAAGAGGUCUCGUUGGAUCAGGUCCUUCUUGGGGAAGGUGACGGCCUGUACUCGACCUGGGGUCAGCAUUACUGGCACUGCGUCUUUUAUCUGCGGCGCUUCUUCCGGGCCACGGGCGGCAUCACCAACCGGGAUCGGGAUGCGCACCACAGCGUGCAUUGCCAGGCGUGGCUGGCGGACCCGUUUGCGCAUGGCUGGGAGACGGUGAAUAUUCACUUGGAAGUGGGAUAUCACGAGUGCGAAGGGGAUGGACUGCGAGUGCUGGAUAGAGAACACAUCGUGUAA